AUGCGGCAAAAGAAUUAUAUUUUGUUUGUGAUUCUGCAGUUCUUUAGUUUAUUCCGUAUUGAACAGGGAUUUUACGUCCCCGGUGUUGCACCAGUUGAAUUUAGAAAUGGUGACCCGAUUGAAGUGAAGGGCAUAAAAAUAACAUCAACGAAGACAGUAGUACCAUAUGAAUAUUAUUCGUUGCCUUUUUGUCGCCCCCAAGGCGCAAUACAUUAUAUUUCCGAAAACCUGGGUGAGGUAAUGCGCGGUGAUCGGAUCGUAAAUACACCUUUUGCAAUAUCCAUGAAACGUGAUGUAAAAUGCGACACAACAUGCUCACCACGUAUUCCGGUGUCUCUUAGCCCGGAAGAUUCCGAAAAUUUAGCAAGGAGAAUUAGAGAGGAAUAUCAUGUGCAUUUAUUAGUUGAUAAUCUUCCAUGUACUACAAGAUAUCAAAUUGAAAGUACAAAUGAAGUGAUUUAUGAGAACGGGUAUCGUCUUGGAUGGGAAGAUGAUGGUCAUUACUAUGUAAAUAAUCACCUUGAUAUAAUUCUACGCUAUCAUCAACCGAGACCGGAUGUUUAUCGUGUUGUUGGUUUUGAAGUACAACCGCAGAGUAUUGAUAGCAGUCGUUUUAAAUUUGCUUCUGAUUCAUCGGAGUGUGCAAUAGCUGAUGGAGGUAGUCAGGAAGUGAAAAAGGGUAUAAACAAUAUAAUUUGGACCUAUUCAGUGACUUGGGAAGAAAGCAAUGUUCCUUGGGCUAGUCGCUGGGAUGCUUACUUAUCCAUGAGAGAUGUCCAAAUCCAUUGGUUUUCAAUCGUGAAUUCGAUCAUUGUUAUUUUGUGCUUAUUUGGUUUCCUUAGCGUUAUCAUUGUUCGAACUGUACGAAAGGAUAUUGCGAAAUAUAAUAAAGGCGAAGAGUUGGAUGACACUUUGGAAGAAUCUGGAUGGAAAUUGGUUCAUGGUGAUGUAUUUCGUCCGCCUCCUAGUUCCAUGCUUUUGGUAAAUUUUGUUGGUACAGGUAUUCAGCUCAUUGGUAUGGUCGCCAUUACGGUUUUUUUUGCUAUGCUAGGAAUGUUAUCACCAGCAAGUCGGGGAUCGUUAAUGUCUGCAGCAAUUGUUCUAUACUGUUUAAUGGGUCUAGUUGCUGGUUAUCAUGCUGGUCGUCUUUACAGGACGUUGAGAGGUACAAGUCCACGAAAAUGUGCAUUUCGGACAGCUGUGCUUUUUCCUUCAGUCAUUCUCGGUACUGGCUUUUUGUUGAACUUUUUCCUGAUCGGGAAACAUUCAUCUGGAGCUAUACCGUUCACUACGAUGAUCGCACUUCUGCUUCUAUGGUUUGGAGUUGAUCUACCGCUUGUAUUCCUUGGAUUUCAUUUUGGUUUUCGAAAGCAGGCUUAUUCUCAUCCGGUUCGUACAAACCAAAUUCCACGCCAGGUUCCAGAACAACCUUGGUAUUUGCAUACGUUACCGUGUAUGCUUCUUGCAGGAAUUCUUCCAUUCGGAGCUGUUUUCAUCGAAUUGUUCUUCAUAUUUUCUGUAGGUCUUCGAGCCAAUUUGAAAUUUAUUUUUUUCGAACUUUGUAACGGUUGA